GUGAGUGCGCAAGUCACGUUUUUUUUAUGAAUUUGACCUAGCUGGAGCGGGCGUUUGGCUGUUGAUACAGUGUUGUGCAUUAUGUCGAUUCCUAGAAAAAUUGCAAUUUUUGGUGCCAGCGGCCAGAUAGGAAUCAAAGCCACAGAGUUCGCUUUAGAACAUGGCUGCCAGGUGCGAGCAUUAUUGAGGGACCCAGAGAAACUGCCAGAAGCGUUAAGGAGUAAAGUUGAUGUGGUGAAGGGUGAUGUCACUAAGGAAGAGGAUGUGAAAGCAACAGUAGCUGGACAGGAUGCUGUUGUUGUAACACUGGGCACACGGAAUGAUUUAAAACCAACUACUGUCUUAUCUGAUGGGAUGAAGAACAUCGUUGCAGCAAUGAAGCAGCAAGGCGUCCAGCUCGUCUCUGUCUGCAUUUCAGCAUUUUUGUUUUAUGAGCCAGAAAAAGUGCCAGCAAUCUUCCAUGCAUUAAAUGCUGAUCACCAAAGAAUGUAUGAUAUUUUGAAGGAGAGUAGUCUGAAGUGGAUUGCAGUUCUGCCACCUCACUUUACGGAUGAACCAAGCAGUCACUACAGUGUCAAGCAUGGAUCUUCACCUGGCCGUGCUAUUUCAAAACAAGAUCUUGGUGCUUUUAUGAUUGAAAGCUUAUCAAACCCAGAGCAUUACGGCCAAACAUGUGGAAUUGCUAACACUCCAGAGGCAGGAGAUAAAUAAUUAUUUUGUUGUUCUUAGUACAAUAUGGCUGUCAAAUGAGGGGUUAAGAUUGAGUCUGAGUGCAUUACAUACUGUUCAGCAUUAAUUUUCAGUUAAGAGGAUUAAUGCUAAAUAUAACAUAAGUUUCAAACGAUGGAAACUCCAUGUAGGAAUACAACAAUGUAGGAAAAGACAGAUUGCUACUUGCCGUAAAGAAGACAUAUCAAGUUGUAGACAGGCACGAUUAAAAGAGAGUCACAUACAGCUUUCAGGCCGGAAAACCUUGGCUUGCAGAUGUGCAAUUUUUAUCAUUGGUUCAGGUUUCCAGCCCGAGAUGCUGGAGUUUACGGUCGUGUGUACGUAAGGUGUGAUUGCUUAGCAAGCAAUCUGUAUUUUCCUACAUUGUUAUAACACAAGUUUGUUAUUCUGUAAACAGCACUGGUAACAAUGUAUGACUGGAUAGGAGUAUUUUCAGGUUAAGAGGCCACAGUUAAUCCACUUAUUUUUAUGAAAUGAAAUUCAAUAAUUUUAGUGGGCAUUGUAACUCAACAACUGGACGUUAAACAGUUUUUGAUAUUGCAUGAAACAUCUAUGUGUUUUUGUUUCUUGUGCUCUUGGUUGUAAUUUUCUAGCUAAUUAUGUAAUCCUUUGGCUUGUAGAUGUGACAUUUUUAUAAUUCGUUCAGCUUUCCAGCUGUAGAAAUAAACCCAAUAUAAAUUUAUUUGUGUAAAGGUGGAAGCAUUGUAUUAUAAAUACAUAAAUAAACAAAAGAGACCUUAUUAAAAGAUAGAACAUUUAUGUAUUGCAUUUGUUCAUGGUGCAUAGCUACUAUCAUGUACUAUUUUGUUCUGUUCCAAGUAUUUUUUGACAUUACAACUUGUUGAACACAUUCAUCUGCAAAGA